GCAUGCUUUGCGCGCUUGCUUGUGCCGUUCGAAGUUUGAGUGUUUAUAAAGUGGAACACGUUCAUGAGAACAGUUGUUCCGAAGCAUGAGUGAAAUUGUCGGAGAAGUGGGAUACAUCGAAGUUCCCAUUCGGGAAACAACAGCCCCAAAAUGGAAAGAACUCACCAUAAGUACGGGCGCUGCACAAAGCACGCUCGAAGACAUCAAACUCGCCGAAAGAGCCGGUGGCUAUGUUUACCACGAAAGCGCGUCCACCGCCUACCACAGCAGGAACCGCUUCAUCUACUGGAAAACUAAUCACAAUGUGCUCGAACUAAUUGAAGAGUCUUUAGACGUGAACUUAGUCGGCAACAAGCUUCGCCUGCGCUUCCAACACACACCACUCUUGGAAGGGGUCUCGAUCUUCGAGACCCAGAGCAAUGUUGUCGUGCUUGCUGCUACUGUGGCCACUGUGCAUCGCAUCUCGUUCCCGCACCCUCGUAAACUGAAGCAAGACGUCAGCUCACGCUACCGGUCAACGUCAAGCGUCCCUUCCAUCUUCUUCGAUGCAUCCCCAGCGAUUUUAAGAGAUUACCACGUCUUGAAUCAUGUUGGCGUGGGCGCAAGCUUGUCGCAGAAUUCAUGCAGCUGGUUGGGGCCAAAUGGUGAAGCGAUUUUCAUCUUGGGAACGACGACUUCGUCGCUCUUCGUCAUUUCCAUUGACCCAUUCGAAACAGGAGGAAAGGUAUCGUCCAUGGAAAUCAAGAAAACUACGUCACUGACGAGGUUCCUAACAGGCAUGCUCCCUAAUGCGAUGCGUGGUGGUGGGGAUGGCGAAGAAGCCUCGCUCAGUCUUGUCUGCCACCAGGCAGAAGAUGAUCUUUUUAUCUACUCACUUUCAUGCAGCCUCAGAAUCCAUAUGUGGUCGUAUAGACGCCAGGAAUGUUUGAUGGCGUCGUCCGUACUUGAUCAUUGCGAAGGAAAUUUCUCACGGUCUGCGUACACGUCAAGUGGAAGACGUUCGUGCAUGUACAAGGCACUGGACAGUCAUGGGACAAGUCUGUACCUUGGCGUAUACGUGAGCCUGCAUGAAAAGAGCCAGUUUUGCGUCUUUCAACCGGUAAUGCUUCACGGAACAUAUCGCCUCGUACAUCUCAUGACGUCUUUGGCACCUGAGAAUGACCUGGUGGAUUUCUGUUUGACUUCCUCCUCUCUGUGGACGCUCUGGGCAAAGCAGAACUACGAGCCUGUCGUCUGCAUGAAGCCUUAUGAUACUAAAGGAGUUUCUGAGCAUGGUUGGAUCGGCGUCGAUCUUCAGUCCACCGCUCCUCAAAGCAAAGCAACCGUCCCUGCUGUGCUAGACACUGCCGAGAUGUACAUCGAUCGCAUAUUUGGCCACGGAGCAUUCUCAUUCUCAACGCUGUCCAAAGCACUCACCAUGUGUCACCGUAAGGGGGAGUCUGGGACGCAGCACAGCUUCUCGAUGACAAUUCGGGAUGAAGCGAUCUCUGCCGUCGAAAGUGAGGUACGUGCAAGAGCCAAGGAGAGCGAGCUGGAAGAGAGCGAAUUUCUAGCUCUGGUCCAGAGCUGUUGGGAACAUUUUUACAACACCUGCAUGCAGUACCAUGAAGUUGGAUUGAAGCCCCUCGGCCUGUUCGUAGAUCCAAGCUCUGGUCUUGCUGCCGUGGUCCGUAAAGACCACUUUUCAAUCCUACGUCCCUGCGAGUGGCACGAGAGAUGCCUCCUUUCCGAGAGGUACGCCGCACCGAGUGACUGUCCGUAUCCGGAAUGCCUGAGAGCUCUGGUUGAGUGCGUAUCCGAAAUAAACAGCCACCUCACCGAGGACUCUGUGGUUUCAAUCACACAGGCUCUCUACCACCUCGAAGACCCUGAAGAUGUGGCUGCUGCAGUUGGAGAGGCCCUAGAGGGAAAUGAAGGUUUCCACAGAAUGCUUCGAGACCUUCUGUUCAACGUGCGCGACCUUUCCGCGUCUCUGCGAUGGCUCUUGCAGACAUUCAACUUCCCCGAAGAAGAGGAAAGUAAGGAUAUCGGGGAUGUCUCUCCCAAUUAUGCCAUGCUGUUUGCUAGCAACACUGGAAAAGACUUUGUGGCAUCUUGCGUACGUCAGAUGAUACAGUCCAGGUUCAUCUUCAUCCAGAACCUUUUGCUAAUCGAACAGCUGAUGCUUCCAACAGAAGGAGGUGAGCACCAGAUGCCCGACGACUUUGCUGCUGCAGUAGGGAUUUUAAAAGCUGAAACCUCCCAGCUUGUACGGGCAUACUAUGCAGUCCUCUGGGCUACCGAAACGGAUAGCUCUCCAACUACAGGGCUGCUGGAAGGCAGUAUCCGCCAGAUGGCGAUCAGCGACCACAAGGACGGCUUCAGCGUCCUCGGUACCUCCGAUCGACAGACGAGCCUGGUUGAGAUGUUUCUCAGAGAAGACGGAGGUGAAGCCGCGGCUAGGAUGCUUGCAGAUCGGUUUGAAGGCCGUGUCACAUGGUCAGAGGGGCUUCUCGCUUACCUGUCACUCACAGCUGGCAUGAUAUGGCCAUUUGCAUCCAAGAGCACAUUCUCAAAGAUGCUUCUGGACCAGGGACAACACCUGCAGCUCGCCGAACAUGUGCGUCUCUUGAAAGGCUGGUGCGCGAAGAACAGCGGGACGCGGAAGUUCCUGUACGCGAGCAGCCUUCUGAUAUGCGAGGAGAAAGACAAGGCGUGCAACCUUUUCCUGGGGCUUGCCAACGAGGUCCUCCUUGCCGAGCCCUACAUGCAACAGCAGUUGCGCAAGGCAGCGAGCACCGUGGGACCAUUCAGCAACGAAGCCGCCAGCGUGUUCUACUUUCUGAGAGUGAUACAGAUUUUUGAGAAGGCCAACCUACCUGAAUGCGUCGUCACCGUAGCGGAAGAAGCUCUCAAGGUGGCAUCAAAUGACAACCCAAACGUUCCAGCUCUGUGGUCGCUCCUCUUCAAACACCAGCUAGAACUCGGACACGUUCAACAAGCGUACAAAGCCAUGACCUGCAACCCUGAUGAGUCCCGUCGCAGCGAUUGUCUUCGGCAGUUGGUCAUUGUCUUGUACGAACGGCGCGAACUGAAGACGCUCACUCAGUUUCCCAGCGGCAGCGUUCAAGAUGAGAUAGUGUCCAUCCUCGAAGUACGGGCCAGAGCGUCUGAUCUCGUAGGGCACUGCUACUACAGUCUGCUCUACGCGCUGCACGUUUCCGCAAAAAGGUACCGCCGGGCAGCUUCCGCUCUCUGCGAGUACAGCACGAGGCUAGGCCGUGAGGUACCCGGCACAGACAGCCUUCGCCGACAGCUCCUUUGCCUGCGAUCGGCCAUGAACUGCCUCCUACUUGUCAGCCCACAAUACGCGUGGAUCGUACGACCAGACCUAGUCGGCAGCUUCAGCCGGGAAGAAGCGGGUCGGUCUCCGAAACGCGACAGCGAUGGGGACGAAGUGAGCCGACAUCCGCAACGCAGAGUGGAAGUGGUCGAAGUGUCGGACCUCCGGAAGGAAGCGCAGCUCAUUGAAGCGUGGUUGUUGCUCGUCGAGGCCAAAGAAACCAACGUGUCCCCUCCCUUGUCCCCAGAAGAGACUGCCACGUUAUUGGUCGCUGGCAGUCACUUCGAUAAGGCUGCAGACAUCUGCCAGGCCUUCAACUUCUCCCUCGACACGGUCUUCGAGGGACUGACGGCUCAGUGUGCCCGCAGAGUCGAAGUCGUCAAGCCCCGCGGAGUCGAUCCGCAGUGGAUCGUCGAGCAUCCGCGAACUCUGCUCGACGUGCCGGGCCACGCGUGGUUACUCCUCCAGCAUUAUCUCGACCACUACGAGAGCAGCCCCCUCAGUACACGUUAUCACCGCCUCGUUGCUUCGAGCUUUCUAGCAAGGGGAUGCACGUUACCGCCGUGGUUUUUAGCGUCAUACAAGAAGCGCGACCCCUCGGAGUUGCUGCGCCUGUAUUUGAUGUACGGCAGGCUGGAGGAUGCAACCAGCUUGUCUCUAGAGUACAUAGACGCAGUUCUGGGUAAAGGGCCCGAAUAUUUUGGGUUACGCGAAACCCUGCACGCUACAUCUCAUCCAGUGCGGUUACCACACACCGUCUUUGACAGGUUGUUGAUGGUUCUACAGGCGUCAGAAAAGUAUGCAAUUUUAAUCGGUCAACUCCGCGAGAAACUGGACGAGUAUUUCGGCAUAACUCAGCAAGUGAUGUCUACGAAGCUUCGGCAGAUAAUGUGAAAAGUGUAAAAUCUUGCGGUAAUGUCGUUUUAUAUGUACAGGGAAUAAAUAUGUAUCGCAGUAUAGAA